AUGACGGAAAGUGAAAUGCAGCUGCCGGGAUUAAUCAAAACAAUUCCUCCGAACAUUCCCUAUGAAAAUUCCGAGAAGAUUCAAAUGGAAGAAGCUGUUAUAUCGUGCCUGUUAAAUUAUGUGUUGACAAUUGAUCCGUUAAUAAAGGAUUUGUUGACGCCGCUACCGCAGCUUAACGAGAAGUGCGGUUACGAAAGUUGUCCAGCUGUACGAACUGGAUGGAUUAAUGUUCACAUCGUUCCGCAUUCCCACGCAGAGCUCGGUUACAUGAACACUUUCGACGGUUACUACACUGGACGUAAGGGAGGGCAACCGGGCAAAAUCAACAUGAGACGUAUAUUGGACGCGACAAUAAGCGAACUGUGGGCUGACAAAGAGAGGAAGUUUACGUUAUCAGAUAGUGAAUUGCCGUAUUUCUUUUAUUGGUGGUCUAGAAGACACGAUACUGUUCGUCGCAUGGUGUACGAGCUGAUAAGACAAGGUCGGCUCAUGAUAGUUGGAGGUGGCUGGGGGAUGGCGGACGAGGCCUCUACGUAUUACCAGUCAGUUAUCGACAGCUAUACGUAUUCGUUGAGAAAAAUUAAUGCCACGUUCCUCUCCUGCGGUCGGCCGCUGGUUGCUUGGCAAGCGGAUACUUUCGGUCAUUCGCGGGAAUACGCGUCACUGAUGGCCCAAAUGGGAUACGAUGGGUUAUUCGUAAAUCCUAUCAGUUUCGACGAUGAGAUUAUCAGAAUGGAUAGAAAAGGAUUGGACUUUGUUUGGAGGGGGAGUGAUGAUUUGGGACCAGAAACAGACAUUUACACGCACAAACUAUUCGACGGCUACUGGUCGCCACCAGGCUUUUGCUUCGACAGCAUGUGCUCGGAUCCACUCCUCAUAACCUCAGACACCUUCUUCAGUAACGUCGAUGAACGGGUUGAUCUCUUCGUUAAGUCUAUACGAGACCGUCAGGCUCCAAGUUAUAACACCAAACAAGUGCUGGUGAUGAUGGGCAAGAGGCUCGGCUACUUCAACGCGAAGAUAUGGUUCGAAAACAUAGACAAGCUAAUUGAUAAUGUUAACAAAAAGACUUACAAAGAUGGCGAUCAAAUACACAUCAUGUAUUCAACGCCUGCUUGUUACUUGAAGUCUGUUUACGAAGAAAAUCCAGUUUUGGAAACAAAGCAGGAUGACUUCUUUCCCUACGCAUACGAUAAAAAUUCGUAUUUAUCCGGAAUGUAUACGUCUCGUCCGACGUUCAAAUACUUGGUGAGGGAAGCUAACAUAUUCCUACAGAUGUCAAAACAGUUACAAGUUUUAGGCAACUUGGGGAAUAAUGAUGCUCUGUUCGAGGAAUUUAUGUGGAUUAUGGGUGUAUCACAGGACCACAAUGUAAUAUCUGGUGCAAUGAGACCCCACGUACUUAGUUUUUAUACGAAGAAAUUAUACCUUGCGGUACAGAGAUCUACUCUACUGAUAGAGGAGGCGUUCAAUAAGAUUCGUGGAUGUCCAAAAACGACGGAGUAUCGAUUGUGUUUCUUCAAUCACUCGGCUUGUCCCAAUACGGAGAAGAGUACCUUUCAUAUAAUUGUGUACAAUCCCUUGGCUUGGUCGGUGACGAUGCCAGUGAGAUUACCGAUUUUAAAUAAAAUGUAUGAUGUGUUUGAUCCAAAAGGAGAUAAAAUGAAGGCCGUUGCCAUGAAAAUACCAGAACAAGUAAAGAAAAUACCAAACAGGCGCAGCAAAGCGAUAACCGAACUGGUUUUCAUGGCUAAACUCCCAGCGUUAGGUUUCAAAUCGUAUUUCGUCGACGAGACGGAAACAUUCCGUCAAAAGAAAUCAAUAAUAAAGAAAAUAAACAAGAAAAUGCAAAAGAAAUAUUUCAUACGACAAACGGCUAAGGAUAACGAAACUAAUGUUAACACAGAUGAUGAGUAUAACGAUUUUUUAGUUCCUAGAAGAACUGACACGGUUGAUUUUAAUAAUUAUAUCAAUGAUAAAGUGACAACGCAUUACAAUGACGUCGCAACUGAUAAGAAUAUGAUCAAUGAUAAGAUUUUAGAAGAUGAUUUAAAUCGUAAUUAUGUGGGAGAAGAAAAAUAUUUUUUUGAAGAAUCCACCGAGAGUUUUAUAAGAAACAAGUACAUCCAGAUUAAUCUAAACGAAUAUCGAAAGGUAGCCAGCUUAAAUCUUUCGAAUGGUAUCAAUAUAAGCUUAGAUUUGCAAUUUUAUUUCUACGUCUCGGACGAUCCUGUACAACUAAAUAACACCAAGAGGAGUCCUGGCGCUUAUAUUUUUCGACCCAUGGACAACGAACCGGAACCGAUGAUAGACAAUUUCGAAACGAAAAUAUACAAAAGCUAUAUAUUACAAGAAAUACAUAGUAAAUACUCGGAAUACGCUUCUUUUGUACUGAGACUGUAUGCCGAUAGUCCAGUACUGGAAGUCGAUUGGAUAAUUGGUCCAGUUCCCGUGAGUGAUGAUUUGGGCAAAGAAGUUUUUAUAAGAUACAUGACUGACUUGGAAAACAAUGGAGUUUUCUAUACAGAUGCCAAUGGAAGGCAGACAGUUAAACGGAUAAGGAAUAAGAGAGCGUUGUACGAGCCAUAUAAUUUAGAUCAUGUUGCAGGUAACUUCUAUCCAGUAACAUCUAGAAUUUAUAUGGAAGACACAAAGAAAAACUUGCGUCUAUCGAUUUUCAACGAUCGUUCUCAAGGCGGCGCAUCCCUUCAAGACGGUUCUAUAGACUUAAUGGUUCACAGACGAAUAUUAACGGACGAUAGUGGCGUGCAAACAUAUUUAAAUGAAACGGAAAAUGAUGCUGGAAUCAUUGUCAGAGGAACUCACUACUUAUAUCUAACGAAAGCCGAUUUUAAACAAAAUCGAUUAUUCGAAAAGAAAUUCCUUAAAGAGACCGAACUCAAACCACAGAUAAUAGUGUCUAAAAUAAAUCAAAUGACAGAUAAAGUAAACUGGCUCAGUUACAAGAAUCAAUUUUCAGGUUUAAAAACUAAACUGCCCUUUGGAGUACACAUUUUGACAUUACAGCAAUGGGAUCAGCACACGUUACUGUUGAGGUUAGAGAAUUAUUUAGAAAACAUUGACGUCGUCGCAAAUAGAAUUAAGAGGGUAUUUUUAAGAGAUUUAUUUGUGAAUGUUAAGUUGAAAAAAGUUUCAGAGACAAAUUUAUCGGCCAAUAUUAAUUUAAUUGAUUGGGUUCCGCUGUCAUGGCGCACUAAUGGGACUUUUUUAAAGAAUUUUAAUGAAUUUUACGGUAAUGAGAAAAUUGAAUACAGCAACGACGUUUUAGGCUCACUCGAUGAUGUCGAUUUAAAUAAAGAGGUCACUUUAAUUCCGCAAAUUUACAUAAUAACAAACGACUGUGGAUGUCCAAAGACGCGUAAAAAGAAAGAUGCUUAA